AUGGUCAACACUACAGCCCUCCUCUCCACCCUCAUUACCGCGAACCACAUCCUGCACUACCACAAUGUGCUCGACGCCAUGGGUCACGUGAGCGUGCGGAAUCCUAAUACAAAUACCACGUUCUUCAUCGCGUUGCAACUAGGACCAGCAGUCAUCUCUGGCCCCCAAGACAUCGGCGAAUACUUAAUCGAGGACGGCAGCCCCGUGAACAACAACACGCAAGGCGGCUACGCAGAACGCUACAUCCACAGCGAAAUCCUCAAGCGCUACCCAGACAUAAACGCCGUAGUGCACAGCCAUGCAGAGGACGUCCUCCCCUACACCGUCGUGCAGAACAUCCACUUGGCACCAAUAUACCACAUGGCCGGCUUCUUGGGCCGGGACACGCCGCUGCCGAACUUUGAUAUCGAGGACGCAUAUGAGCCGUCUGAUCCGCGCGAUUUUCUGGUCAAUUCGCCGCGGCUGGGCGCUGCGCUCGCAGAGCGGUUUGGGGUGAAUACUACUACGCUGCCGAGUGUGUCGCCGGUGUAUACCACUGUGCUACAGCGCGGGCAUGGGUUUGUCACUGUGGCGAGGAGUGUGGAGCAGGUAGUUGAUUAUGCGUAUUAUGUUGCUAGUAAUGCGCGGGUGCAGACUAAGGCGAUUUUACUUGCUGGGAGUGCUGGGAGACAGGAUUGUAGCAGUGCGGGCUUCAGUGGGAACGGCACUGGCGAUAUCAAGUAUUUGAGUAGAGAGGAAAGUAGGGAUUCGGCGAAUAUGAAUGCGUGGAUUGUGUUUAAGCCUUGGACGCAGUGGGUGCGCGAGGUAGAGAGGAGUGGGCUGUAUGUCAAUGAGUUGGGGUCUGGCUAA